AAAACAUUUCAUAUACAGAAAACAAAGAAAGUGUAAACAAGAAACGAGAGGAGGAGAGAGAUUUCUCAGAGGAGGAACAUCCAAAGAUAAAGACGGCCUUUUACUUUGCUUAGUGCUUUUGCUUUGCUUGUGAGCUUAUAGAACCGAGAGAGAGAAAGAAAGAGUCUUUAUGUUUUGUUCUUAAUAAUAAUCUCACAAAUAAGACGACAAAUUUAACAGCUUAAUCUUCUCUGAGAUUAUUACAAUUUUUUCUUUUUUUUCUUUUCCUUUUCAAUUCUCUCUCUCUCUCUCUCUCUCUCUCUCUCUCUCUCUCUCUUUCUCUCUUGUUUCGAUCGGAUCUGAAAAAGACUCGGAAAACAACAGAGCAAAGAUCCCAAACACAAAGUUCUUCCACUUUCUCUGAGAGUUGUUGGGUGUCUCUCAACAGUCAUGAAAGAUUGAUUACUGACCUGCAUUCUCUGAUCAGACCUUUAGGUUAGGUUAAAUUUUCUGCAAAUGAUCUCUUUGGCUUAGAGGGCAACUGUGUUCAAUUGGGUUGUGCUGUGAUAGUGUGCCUGUGCCGAAUUGAUCGAUGGAAUCACUUGUUGAUGGAGUUAGCUCUUUAUCUAUGGCUCAUAAUUCUGUUCCCACAGUAGGGUUUAACCAUUCUUCUGCAUCGGGGACUAGUCGUCCCCCUCAUCCACCGUCUACAAAACAAUGUAGACAUGAAGGAGCUUCCUCUGCAUCCUAUGUAAAUCACAGCAUGAAGUCAGUCCGCACUCCGGUCAGUUCUAUAAUUAAUACAAAGCAUUCCUAUAAACCACCCCAUGAUCCAAUGCGAGAAGAAGGCCUAUCCGAUUCUUCAAAGCACCAUUACAAAUCAAACAAGGUGAAAUCGGAACCUGUGACCCUGAAUGAUGUUCUUGGUCACGGAGCAGAAGUUUCUAUAGAGAAGCAGGUUUCGACAAUGGACACCAAAUCUUGCAUCAAAGAUCCCGUAGAUGACUUUGAGAAAUGUAAUUCAAACAGCUUGUUGGAAUCACUGAAUUAUGAUAAAGGAGGUAUUGGGCAAUUAAAUGGUCAAUUAUCGUCUCAAAAGGGAAUCAACUUUUGUCCAAGUCCCCAGAACAGUUUCUAUUCUGCCUCUCAGUAUAUAGAAGCAAAACAAAGUUUCACCAACACAGAAGUUAGUGAAUGUGCGAGCAGUGUCGAGAAAUCUGGUGAAAGUGGGGACAUUAGCAACUCUGGAGAUUUGAUUGAGAGCAGGAAGACAAGUAUCUACAGAGGCAGCACUGGCAGUGAUGUCAGUGAUGAGAGCAGCUCCAGUUGUUUAAGCAGUGCUAUGUACAAACCCCACAAGGCAAACGAUUCGAGAUGGGAAGCAAUUCAAGUCGUCAAAUCUCGUUAUGGAGCUGUGGGAUUGAACCACUUUAGGCUGUUGAAGAGACUGGGUUGUGGAGAUAUUGGCAGCGUUCAUCUAUCUGAGUUGACUGGCACAAGAAGUUAUUUUGCCAUGAAAGUUAUGGAUAAAGUAGCUCUAGCGAGUCGGAAAAAGCUUCUGAGGGUGCAAACAGAGAGAGAGAUAUUGCAAUCACUGGAUCAUCCAUUUCUCCCCACCUUGUAUACCCACUUUGAGACGGAGAAGUUUUCUUGCUUGGUGAUGGAGUUCUGCCCUGGUGGAGAUUUGCAUGUACUUCGGCAAAGACAACCUGGGAAGUUUUUUUCAGAGCAUGCUGCCAGGUUUUACGUGGCGGAAGUUCUCCUUGCUUUGGAGUACUUGCACAUGCUCGGGAUCAUCUACAGAGACCUUAAACCAGAGAAUGUGUUAGUGAGAGAAGAUGGGCAUAUAAUGCUUUCAGAUUUUGACCUCUCGUUAAGAUGUGCUGUCAGCCCAACCUUGGUCAAAUUCUCAAACUCAAGCUUGCAAUCGAAGAACUCAUCAUACUGUGUUCAACCUGCUUGUAUUGAACCAUCUUGUGUAAUCCAGCCAGCUUGCAUCCAACCUGCAUGUUUUGCACCUCGUUUCCUUAGCAAGCCCAAGAAAGAAAAAAAGAUGAAACCAAAGACUGACGUAUAUCAUCAAGUGAGCCCUCUCCCGGAGCUCAUUGCUGAACCCACAAAUGCUCGAUCAAUGUCCUUUGUGGGUACGCACGAGUACUUGGCUCCUGAAAUUAUUAAAGGGGAAGGUCAUGGCAGUGCUGUGGACUGGUGGACAUUUGGGAUUUUUCUCUACGAGCUCUUGUUUGGGAGAACUCCUUUCAAAGGGGCAGGGAACCGCGCUACUUUGUUUAAUGUGGUCGGGCAGCCCCUAAGAUUUCCCGAGUCGCCUACAGUGAGUUUUGCUGCAAGGGACUUGAUCCGAGGUUUGCUUGUGAAAGAGCCACAGCAUCGCCUUGCAUAUAGACGUGGUGCUACUGAAAUCAAACAGCAUCCAUUCUUUCAGAGUGUGAAUUGGGCACUCAUUCGAUGCGCCAGUCCACCUGAGGUGCCACAACCAUUCGCCUACAACUAUUCACCAAGAAAUGAGGUGCCGAAAACACCAAGCACAGAGAAUGUGCCAGGUAUUGAUGUCAAGCCUUCAGGUAACUAUUUAGAGAUUGAUUUCUUUUGAUUCUUGUAAACUUUUUUUUCCUUCUCGGAGUCAAUCUUCAUCAUCUUACUGGUAUUGUGUUCGAUGUUUUCUUUUAGCUGCAAGGAACACAAUUUGAUGUUCCUUUGAUAAGCACACAAGUUAUGAUAGACAAUGCUGAUGAAAUGCAAAAUGCACAGAAAUGAGGAAUGAGAUUGAUGGACUUUAUUUUUCUCUCAA